GUUCUAGACUUUCUCAAGACACAGAGAGAGAGAGAGAGAGAGAGAGAGAGAGAGGACACAACGGUUGUACUUUGCCUUCUGAGCUGAGCAGUUCUCAAUCUCAAGUAAACAACCGCCGGCAUCUGAGCUGACCUGACCUGAGCAAGACUCGGCCUGUCUCUUAUUAAGAGUAAGGUGGUCCUCCAGCCAAUUCCAUAGUAAAACUCUCAGUAAUGAUGCUCUGCGCAAACAUAUUACAUAGCUGCUCACUGAGACUGGAGUAUGCCUAUACUGAGAUUCGGUUCCAGUUAUAACAGACUGCAAUUUGGACAAGCUGUCAGAAAUCUGAUCGUAUAUUGGGUGGAGUCUGCUUUCAGUUGAAUCAACCAUUUGUAGUUUCCCAUGCAAACAUCUCAACAACACCGAAGUACAGCUAUCCACAUGCUGCAUCACCAGCCUAUGAAGGAGAUUGAGUCCUAUUCCUCACCGCAUUUCCUAAUUUUAGAGAACAGUGUAUGCCCAGAUAUCGGCAACCAAGGGGAAAAUGUUUCUUUUCAGACGUUCAAGGAAGAGUACUUUACCUUGGAAUCAACCCCCAUGAAUGAUAGUUUUAUAGCCUGUGAUUCCCCUUCAGCUGUUAGUGGCCUGUCUAGCCGGAGUCCUUUUUCACCACAAGGGUCCCACUCAUACUCCUCUGAUCAUCAUCAUUUUUCUGACACCACAUCUAGAUCUCCAGUAAGUGGGUGUUCCGGAGUUGACGAUGGCAAUGAUUUGAAGUACAAGCUCAGGGAACUCGAAGUUUCACUGCUAGGUCCGGAAUCAGAUAUUGUUGACAGCCAUUAUUGUUGUUACAAGAGUGACGUGGCAAGGUGGAACGAGAAAGAAAUUUCUGAAAUGAUACCCAAGCUGAACCUAAAAAAUGUCCUCAUUUUCUGUGCACAUGCAAUAUCGGAGGAGGAUAUGUACAAAGCUGCAAACUGGAUGGCAGUUUUGGGGCAGAUGGUCUCAGUCUCUGGGGAUCCAAUGCAAAGAUUGGGUGCUUACAUGUUGGAAGGUCUUAGAGCAAGGUUGGAAAGAUCUGGUAGUAUGAUCUAUAAAACCCUGAAGUGUGAGGUACCUACAAGUGAGGAACUUAUGACAUACAUGUCUAUCCUCUAUAAGAUCUGCCCAUACUGGAAGUUUGCUUACUUGUCUUCAAAUGUUAUUAUGAGGCAAGCCUUGCAAAAUGAACCAAGAGUGCACAUCAUAGAUUUCCAGAUUGCACAGGGUAGUCAGUAUAUACCUCUCAUCCAGGAUCUAGCAUGUCAGCCCGGAGGACCCCCAGUUAUCCGAAUCACAGGUGUUGAUGAUUCCCAAUCAAAUCAUGCGCGUGGAGGAGGACUUCACAUAGUAGCGAAAAGGCUCUCAGAAGAGGCUGCAAAAUACAAUGUGCCGUUCGAGUUCAAUGCUGCUGCCAUGUCUGGGUGUGAGGUUGAACUGGAAAAUCUCAGGAUUCAACCCGGAGAAACCAUAGCUGUUACCUUUCCAUAUGUGUUGCACCACAUGCCAGAUGAGAGUGUGAGUACAGAAAAUCACAGGGACCGUUUGCUAAGGCUGGUUAGGAGUUUAAAACCGAAAGUCAUGACACUCGUUGAACAAGAAUCGAACACCAAUACUUCCUCCUUCUACUCAAGGUUUGUGGAGUCUGUAGAUUACUAUACAGCAAUGUUUGAGUCAAUUGAUGCGGGGUGUCCAAGGGAUAACAAACAGCGGAUAAAUGCAGAGAUGCACUGUGUGGCUAGAGACAUAGUGAACAUGAUUGCGUGUGAAGAUGCUGAGAGAGUGGAGCGGCAUGAACUUCUGGGGAAGUGGAGGGCAAGGCUGAUGAUGGACGGGUUUACGCCAUGCCCAUUUGGCCCUUCUGGGAUCGGGGAGAUCAGAAAACUAUUGAAUGACUACAAUGAGAAUUAUCGAGUUGAAGAGAUUGACAGUGCGCUCUACCUUGGUUGGAAGAAAAGAGCUCUGGUAACUUCAUCCGCAUGGAGGUGUGCUUAUUGACGACUGCAAUAUCUCUGUAACAUUUCUGUUUUCCUUUUCUGGGAUCAGUCUCUGAGAGCAUGAGAGGCAGUGUUGUGUGUAGUUUUUGUAGGAUUCCAGAUUUAUAGCUUUAAUGUAACAGUUCCUACUUGCUAGUUGUAACAUCUCGUAAUUUUGAUGUAAAUGUGCGCUUGAAAUGAAAGGGAUUAUUAGCUCUCAGCUAUACUGCAA